CAGGUGGCGCUCAGCCCGGAGAGUUGGAGAAGGGGAACUGUGGAGUUGCUUAACAUUUCCAGGAACUUCCUCCCCCACCGGCCUUCACCUUUUGUUCCCUAUCCUGGGCCAGUUCUCUCGCAGGUCCCAGAUGUCCAGUUCCAGAUGCCUCGACCCAGAGUGUGGGGGAAAUAUCCCUGGAGAAGCCCUCACUCCACAGACUGUCCAGGCGCAAUGUGGUGGCUGCUCCUCUGGGGAGUCCUCCAGGCUUGCCCCACCCGGGGCUCCCUCCUCUUGGCCCAAGAGCUACCCCAGCAGCUGACAUCCCCCGGGUACCCAGAGCCGUAUCGCAAAGGCCAAGAGAGCAGCACGGAAAUCAAGGCUCCAGAGGGCUUUGCUGUGAGCCUCGUCUUCCAGGACUUCGACCUGGAGCCGUCCCAGGACUGUGCAGGGGACUCUGUCACAAUCUCAGCCAGCGGGUCGGAUCCAAGCCAGUUCUGUGGUCAGCAAGGCUCCCCUCUGGGCAGGCCCCCUGGUCAGAGGGAGUUUAUAUCCUCAGGGAGGAGUUUGCGGCUGACCUUCCACACACAGCCUUCCUCGGAGAACAAGACUGCCCACCUCCACAAGGGCUUCCUGGCCCUCUACCAAACCGUGGCUGUGAACUAUAGUCAGCCCAUCAGCGAGGCCAUCAGCGCACCUGGAGACAACCCCGCCAAGGUCCAGAACCACUGCCAGGAGCCCUAUUAUCAGGCCGCGGCAGCAGGGGCACUCACCUGCGCAACCCCAGGGACCUGGAAAGACAGACAGGAUGGGGAGGAGGUUCUUCAGUGUAUGCCUGUCUGCGGACGGCCAGUCACCCCCAUUGCCCAGAAUCAGACGACCCUCGGUUCUUCCAGAGCUAAGCUGGGCAACUUCCCCUGGCAAGCCUUCACCAGUAUCCACGGUCGUGGGGGCGGGGCCCUGCUGGGUGACAGAUGGAUCCUCACUGCUGCCCACACCAUCUACCCCAAGGACAGUGUUUCUCUCAAGAAGAACCAGAGUGUGAAUGUGUUCCUGGGCCACACAGCCAUAGAUGAGAUGCUGAAACUGGGGAACCACCCUGUCCACCGUGUCGUUGUGCACCCCGACUACCGUCAGAAUGAGUCCCACAACUUUAGCGGGGACAUCGCCCUCCUGGAGCUGCAGCACAGCAUCCCCCUGGGCCCCAACGUCCUCCCGGUCUGUCUGCCCGAUAAUGAGACCCUCUACCGCAGCGGCUUGUUGGGCUACGUUAGUGGGUUUGGCAUGGAGAUGGGCUGGCUAACUACUGAGUUGAAGUACUCGAGGCUGCCUGUAGCUUCCAGGGAGGCCUGCAACGCCUGGCUCCAAAAGAGACAGAGACCUGAGGUGUUUUCUGACAAUAUGUUCUGUGUUGGGGACGAGACGCAAAGGCCCAGUGUCUGCCAGGGGGACAGUGGCAGCGUCUAUGUGGUAUGGGACGAUCAUGCCCAUCACUGGGUGGCCACGGGCAUUGUGUCCUGGGGCAUAGGGUGUGGCGAAGGGUAUGACUUCUACACCAAAGUGCUCAGCUACGUGGACUGGAUCAAGGGAGUGAUGAAUGGCAAGAAUUGACCCUGGGGGCUCGAACAGUGACUGACCAGCACAGUGGAGGCCCCAGGCAACAGAGGGCCGGGAGUGAGGACUGAGCGCUGGGGUAGGGGUUGGGGGAGGCAGGGAAAUCGUAUUCACAUCACUGUUGCACCAAGCCACUGCAAGAGAAACCCCCACCCGACAAGCCUGCACCAUGCCAGACAGGAAGCAGGGUCCCACAGACCGUCCCUCCUCACCUUCUACCUCCCCGUGCGCAUGCACUAGGCCCAGGGAAGCCUGUACAUCUCAGCAACUUUCGCCUUGAAUGUCCUUAGAACCCCCUUCCCCUACUUCAUCUGUUGACACAGCUUUUAUACUCACCUGUGGAAGAGUCAUCUUCUCACCCGCUAUUAGAGUAUGGAGGAAGGGGUUUUCAUUGCAUUUCAUUUCUGAAACAUUCCUAAAACCCUUUAGUUGACCUUCAAAUAUUCAAGCUGUUCUGCAGCUCCAAGAAGCAAUUAUAGAAAUAACUCCUUUUUUA